AUGGAGAAGCCUGGCGAUCCCCUACCCCACACCGGGCAGAGUGCUGCCCUCACAUAUUUUUCUAAGAAGCCGGGAGCGGGAGGGGGGGCUGAUUCAGCUAAAAUUCCGGUCGGGGGGUGGGGCUUGCGGGGUCCAUUCCGCCCCUCCUCCCCACAUGCUGAGCACCGCAGAGGCGGGCAACGCUUCACCUUUUGGCUCUCCCUCGCGGCGCCAGGCCCGGGUGCCUGGAGCGAGCGAAGGCAGCCCGCCGCCUCGCCGCCCUUCUCCUCCUCCUCCCCUGACGCGCCCUCCUUUUCCUUUCCCUUCCCUCCCGAGGGGGCGGUCCGGACGCUGCUCGCCCCUCCCACCCCGGCUUGGCCCGCUCUGCAGCCGCCGCCGCCGCCGCCGCUCGCUCGCUGCCUCCUGAAUUUCUUCCGGCGGGCUUUGGCGCGCCUAUCGGACUGGAGCCGGUGCGGACGUGCGGGAGGCAGCCGUGGAGCGGGGCGCGCAGCGGGCGCCGUGAGUAACCCUGGGCAGCAACCAGAAGCACCUCUCUCUCCCCAUCCCUGGCCGCUCGGGAGGUAGGCGCUCUUUCGACGGCGCUGCACCCAGCCAGCAGCCCCGAAGUGGGGGGGGGGGUGACCCUCCUCGCUCUCCAUCCCCCGGAGCCGGUGCGGGGAGGGAGGCCGGCUUGGCGCCCCGCAGCUGCUGCGUCUCUGCAGAUGACGGAGAGCUACGCCUCCCUUUCUCCCCGGUGCCCGUCUCUCGAGCGCGCUAGAGGCAUCCUCUUCCCCCAGGGUGCAUCUGCCUACAACAGUAGCCUCUCCCCCCAAAUACAAUACAUAGGAGCCAAGGUCCCUUCGGCCUCCCAAUAAAAUAUUUGAGUGCCCCCCCCCCCGUUGAUGGGCAUUUCCACUCCAACGGUACGCGUGCGCCGUGUCUUGUGAGCGAUGGGGCGGGGCUUACCUGGGCCCCCCAAUAUUUUAUUCAAGUUGGCACCCUUGAUGCAAUGUGGCAUUGCAAUGCCCGUUUAGCUAUCCCACUUUUCCUGUCCUCCUGUAUACCGUGUGCAUCUAUUCAGUGAGCUCAGCGACUAACCCAAAAUGUCCCUCUCGGUUAUGUGUGCGUUCCCAGUAGAUGGAUCUAAAAGUAUUGGUUUAGGUUUUUUAAAAAAGAAUAAAUAAGAGAAAGAGUCGUUCGUUUGGGUACUGAUCGCUUUCUCCCUUCUUCCAGCUGCCUGAUUUUGCGUUAAAUGGACCUCAUAGACCGGGUUAAGGUGUGUGCGCUUUUACAAUUAAUAAUUUCCCACGGCCACGUUGUUAGUUAGGAAGGGAACAGACGCGGCCAUUCUCCCCAGGAACCUUGUUUGCUGCAGUAGCAUUAGGAAAGGAAAGGGUAAAGCCGUCUAGGAGGCUGUCCGGGCUCGGCUAAGAGAAAUGUGUCACUGCGGAGAAUAGGUUUUGGUGUGAAGUUGCUGCGCUGGCAGGGACUGCUGUGAACCGCGAACAUCUGGAGGUGACUUCAGCGCGGAAUGAUGAAAUCUCCCGCUAAGUUACACACCAAAGAUGGCUGCUUUGCUGCUGUGCAGGCUGCCUCGGCAGUGGGAAUUAUACGGGAGCUGUAAUUUUUGUUGCUAGGUUACGUGGGGACUUCUCCCACCCUCCUAUAAAUUGCAUCUUGUAAUAUUGAUGUUGUAGACCCUCUUCCUGACUUCUGUCUUCCUUUGCUUAGUAGGCUCCUCCUAGCGCACUGUGGGGAAGUGUAUAUUGCAGACAAAGCGGCUGGUGCAGAUAAAUGCCAGUGCAAGCUGAUUUUAAGUGAAAGUAACAUUGGAGGGCCGGGCGGGCUGUUUGCCUCCCUAGCUUGAUAGAUGUGUUGCACCACUCCUCCUUCCCAGCCAUCAGCUGGGCUGCUGGUUUUCUCAGACUGGAGCUGCAGGCAGGGCACAGUUUUGUCAAGUGAAGCAAAUGAAGUCUGACACCCGUAGCCUCGAAGUUCUGAAUGGCACCUUCUUUAGAAAUGCCACCAGUUGAUUUUCAUUAGAAGCAGGGGAGGGGAAAACUAAAAUUGCUUAGAGGAGGCAGGAACCUUGGUGGAUUUGCUACCUGUCCCAUUGCAUGAUGCUUGUUGUUCUUGAGCUAUUCUGUGUAACCUUCCCAGUGUACCUGAACCCUCCUGCCGUGACAAGAUGACCAGAAAAGUAGUUGGCAGAAAGGGUAUGAGGGUUUGUAUUGAAUUUCAUCACUUUAAUUUUAGACUUGCUUGUUCCGUGUGGCUGUAGUGCAUUGCACUGAUACCCUCAGGGUGGUUAUUAACUCUUAGUAAUUUGCUCUUUGGUUGGCAUACUUGGAAUAGCUUUUUACAGCAAAUUGUUCAGGGGUGGGGACCCCGAGGGGGCAAAGUGCAGCCCUCCAUGACUCUCUGACCACAUACAGCCCCUGACAGAUUAAUCCUAAGGCAAUAUGGCCCUCAGCAGUAAAACGUUCUUUUACUUUUGUCCAUGUGACUGUAGUUAAACUGUGGAUGGGGCUAGGGAAGCAUUCUUAUCAGUUAUAUGAGGUGGGGGACUUUACAGCUAAGUCUUGGCUGUGAUUAAUGUAUCCUUGCACCCCAAAAAAAUGAAUGAGCAAGACUUCUUGGCUGCAAGCCACAAGAGAACUCUCAGAAAAGAGAUAAGCUUUCUUCUUCUUCUAAGAAUCCUCCAAGAAAGCUCUUAAAUAACUGAGCUCAUUUUGAAUGAGCUAAGCAGAGUGUGCCCAUUGCUUCUUGGAAUCCUGCUCCUGCAGUGAAUUUGUUAGAUUGCUUUAUGCAAACUACUAAAUCCCCACCACUAUAUUUGUAAUUUUUUUUGUUCGUAUUAAUCUGUCUCAAAAGACAAUGGCCUGUGCCUCCAGGGGCUAAGUCAAAUGGCUAGAGAAUAACAGCAUUUGCUGUGGCUUCAGAGGCUGGUAACUGGUAACUGCUGCUUUCCUUGUUGUUUUCGUUGCAUUAUGUAGGUAAUCCUUACAAUCUUAUAAAACAUGGAUGGGGGUGGGGGCUGUGGUCCUUCAGAUGUUAUUUGACUGCCACUUCCAUCAUCCCUGACCAUUGGGCAUGCUGGCUGAGACUGUUGGAAGUUGGAGUCCAAUAACUUCUUGGUGGCCACAGGUUCUCCACCCCUUCUAUAAAGUACAUGAAACAUUUUGAAAAAUGCAAUUAACUACAUCAGUGCUAUUGUUUGUUAUCACCAGGUACUGGGUUUUGUGGAUUAUUUGGUCUUCUCGAGUCAGUGUCAGCUCCUGUGUCCUUCAGAAGCUGAAUGGACAUUUCAUAAGCAAAAUUCAUUCCAGGCAAGCAAUAAACAUAUAUACCCAAAACACACUAAUCUGAUUAUAACACUCCGGUCUGAAAAAUGUAGUUUAAACUAGAAGGAUGUACGUAAAUGUUUUCAGCUCUAAUCAUGCAGUAUAUUGCUGUGGAAAAUCAUGCAUUUCCAUGUACCACCUGUGUCUUGCAACCAUAUUAUACAAUAGAAAGUUUUUAUUUUUAAAAGAGAACUAAUUUCUGAUUGCUACUGGAGUUUCAUUGCAGGUACAUUGUUGACCUUUAAACAAGGUCUAAAGUCUCCUUUUUUGCUGUUAUAUGUACUCUUUCAUACUAAAAGCAUUUGGCUGAACUUUGUUCAAGACUUGCAUUUCAUUUUGAAACUAGAUUAGAUUUUACACUUGUGUUACUGAUCUCCUACAUUUUGUGUUGGUAAGACCCUGUAACCUUUCAAACAUUCAGGCUAUUCGCCAGCUCAAGUUUAACCAACCAGUUUAACCCUGGCUUCAACAAAAUGCAUACACUGUACUGUUUCCCAAAGACUUUGCGGUUCUGGAACAGUCAUUGAAAUCCUAUAUGCCCUACCUUUUCCAAAUGCAAUACACAGGUAUAGUUAAUUCUGAGAUUCUCUUUCAAUCUUGGAGAUUGCAGCUGGAAUCCAGAGAACUGCAAAGCUGCUUCCGCAUGUACACCAAGUCUGCUUAUGAAUAAUCAGAAGGGUUCCCAAAUAUAACUGGGCUGUCUCACCACAAUUAGAAGUAUGUGAAGUAAUACACAUUACUAUCUAAAGAGAGCUAGUUAUUUACAUCCAGAAUCUAAACUUGCCUGAUUGCAUACUCUAGAGCAGCAUUCAGUGGAGCAUGAGUGGUUUAUGCUAUCAGCAAAAAAAUGCAAUCCUUUGCACAUGAGGAAGAUUCCCAGGCAUUCAAAUCGUCUCUUUGGAUCCCUACCUUGGGCAGUACAUUGACCAGCUUCAGUGAUUCAAAGAUGGGAAAUGGUAGCUCACACUGUCUGUCAAUUAUGGCAUAAGCAGUUGCGGUUUUAAAACAAUAAGAAAGAUAAGUUGGAGCCAAGUUCAGCAAUGCACUUAAACUGUCUAGGGUAAGUGGAUUUUUUUUUCAAGAGCCAGUGUGGUGUAGUGGUUAAGAGCGGUAGUCUCGUAAUCUGGGGAACCGGGUUCGCGUCUCCGCUCCUCCACAUGCAGCUGCUGGGUGACCUUAGGCUAGUCACACUUCUUUGAAGUCUCUCAGCCCCACUCACCUCACAGAGUGUUUGUGGGAGGAAGGGAAAGGAGAAUGUUAGCGGCUUUCAGACUCCUUAAAGGGAGUGAAAGGCGGGAUAUCAAAUCCAAACUCCCCUUCCCCUUCCUCUUCUUCUUCUUCUUCUUCUUCUUCUUCUUCUUGGAGUUUUUUGUGUUUUUUUAACUGAGUAAACAUUGGCCAGUGGAGAUCCUGUCCUAUGAUAAGGUUUCAGAUUAGAAACUUCAGCAAGCCUUUCCGGUUCUAAGGAAAUGUCCCCUAGAACCAGGAGACGAUUAAGAGGUGUGUUUGUGGUUUGGCUUCUCUAUGAGAAUCCAAGCUUGACUGAUAAUGCUGACAUGGGAGUAGGCAGGACAAGCUUUUGUGUCUUUCACGAAUAAAACCCUAAAUAAUUUUGCAUUGAGACUAGCAAAUUUGUAACCCUUUGUAACCUUGGUUUUUUAGUAUUGGGUCGACUGGUAGGCAUUGGACUAUCUCUAGUACCCACUGGGAUUUUUUAUGCAGCCCCCCCCCCCAGAUGAUGGAAUGACAGCUCAGCAUAUUGUUGUUGCAGGUGAUAGAAGAAUAAAUGGCACCUGCUUUCAUUUUUCAUAUUGAUGUGCAUAUGUAUACACACAUGCACAGAAAUUGUGUAAUAUGCUGCUUCAGAGGUUACCUGCAUCUUUAAGGCAUGGGUGAGAAAUAAUGAAAAGUCUGUGAAAUCUGUGUGUCAGAUUAGUUUCUGACCCUAUGGACAACAUGCCCAUAGUUAUUUUGCUGCCUUCUGCUAACUGCAUCUUUAAGAUGACUAGGGGACAGUAAAAUCCAAUACAGUCCUUAAUGCGUCUAUCUCAUAUAACUUUGUAAGUAGAUACACACACUGUUUCAUCCUCAAGUGAGCUGCAAUAAACUUUUCUGCUGUUAUGAAUAGAAAAUUAAAUAUGAUGGGAAGCUUACAAAACAGACAAGGGCAUUCAACAAAAGCUUUGUGGGACAUCUUGACCUACUUUUAGCAUGAUCUCAUCCAUGUUGCAAGCAGGGUUUUCUAUUGAAAACUCUGGUCAAAUAUCCUGUUAUUGGAGAUGUGGCACAUGUGCUAUUUCAGCAUUUGACUGCAUCACUGGGCUGAGUUUUCUCUAUCUCUGAUUUUCAACAAGAGUUCAGAGAUCUGUGGCAGAGAACCAGAAAUCUAAAGGGAUCCAGAUAAACACAGGAAGCCAAGAACUGUGAAACUGAAAACUGCUUCUGUCUCCGUUUCUUAUUUAGUGUUCUUGAAAAAAUGUCAGCCGAUAUACCAUUCAACAUCAAUAUCAAAGAGCCUCGCUGGGAUCAAAGUACAUUUAUUGGACGAGCGAGCCAUUUCUUCACUGUCACUGAUCCUAGGAAUAUUUUGUUGUCCAAUGAGCAACUAGAAAAAGCAAGAAAAAUUGUGCAUGAUUACAGGUAAAUGUUUAUUUUUAAAAAGCACCCUAAUUUAAUCCCAAGGGCUCAAGGUAGUUGAGAAUACUCAAGGCAUAAUGUAAAAAGAGUAAAAUAAAAUAGCCACUUGCAGUAGAAAAUAGUACCCAGGCCCCACUCUCUUCAAAAAAAAGCAACUCUUGUAGUGUCUGGUCAAGAAGAGUCUCCAGCUUGAAUCUCAGGAAGUCUUAAAUGGGAAGAAAAUCCCACAAUUGUGGAGCCAGCAAAUACCCAGGCCUCCUUAAGACACCCUCUUGCAAACAUGGUGUACAGAUGUUAUGAUCAAAAGGGUGUUCUAUGCUGAUGUUAGAGGGGGGAAAUAUGUACACAGUGUAAGAAACAGCCUCUGUGAUACGUGGGUGUGUGGAUGUGGGUGUGUAUUUAUGCAUUAUGACCAGCCCUUCCAGACAUCCCUUUUAUUGUGCAUUCAUUAUUUUUGUGCUCAUGCUAUCGAGGCUGUCAUAUGCGAUCCCACUUUCAAUCCUGUUUGUGCCUGAAAACACGUUGGGGUGGUGACAGUUCUUUGUUUUCAAUCAGGUCAUAUCCUGUCACUGCCUGCUGAAAUCCCAUAACUUCCUAUACAAAAAAAUGAUCUGGUUUAUUUCUGCCUUGCCUCUGUUGUGCUAUAAACCCCUCCAGAGAGCAAUACACUAUUACUGUGUCAAGAAUAUGAGGCAGAACGCCAUAAAACACCAGUCCAGAGGCAUCCACCAUCAUGAAUUGUAACUGCUGAUCAGAGCUGGCAUGCACUGUGUUCCAGGUGUUAAUUGGUUUUUACAGUGUGGUCAGAUCAUAGAAUCAAAGAAUGAUAGAGUUGGAAGGGACCCUGAGGAUCAUCUAGUGAGUCCCAGCCUUUCUCAACCUGUGGGUUCCCAGAUGUUGUUGAACUAAAACUCCCAUCACCCCUAGCUAGCAAGGCCAGAGCUCAGGGAUGAUGGUAGUUGUAGUCCAACAACAUCUGGGGACCCACAGGUUGAGAACCGCUGAAAGUCCAACCCCCUGCAAUGCAGGAAUAUGCAGCUGUCCCUUACAGGGAUCAAACCUGCAACCUUCACAUUAUUAGCACCACUCUCUAACCAGCUGAGCUAUCCAGGCAGUGUGUCAAGAGCUACAAUAAGUGGGGUGCUCCUAAACAUGGUUGCUUGAGAGGAAACGGCCUUCUGCAAUGAACAUUUAGGAAUGAGGAAUUAAACUUUGUUGUCAGUAGUGAGGAAGAAGGGAAGAUGGGGUGGAAUGUAAGGGACUGAUAAAAUAUUUUGGAGUAGAAUGCCAGAAGUCAAUUUUGCAAACAAGCAGUGACUAUUUUCUCCUUAGGUGCCUUGCCCUUCGAUGCACAAUUGCAUGAACAAAAUUCAAUGUGAGCCAGCUGCUUACAUUGACCUACCUGCAAUACUCCUGUGACUAUGCUGACAUGAGAAAGAGCAGUUAUGAUGAUGGAAAGGGACACAGAGGUUCUUAUGCUAAGCUGCUGCACAGUUGUGUGUGCAGAGAAGAUAUGUGCCAAUCUUUCGUGUGAAUAAUUACUUAAGUUUUGGACCUUAACGUCAUAUUUAUAAUUAAAUAUUUACAUAUAUUUCCAUGUGCCCCAAGACAAGGAAUUGUAUGCCCUGGAUUAACAGAAGAUGAACUAUGGAGGGCGAAGUAUAUCUACGAUUCAGCCUUCCACCCAGAUACUGGAGAAAAGAUGGUUUUAAUUGGCCGCAUGUCUGCUCAGGUACCCAUGAACAUGACCAUUACUGGCUGCAUGAUGACCUUUUAUAGGUAAGUAAUGCAUGAUAGUACAUGAGUGAAAUAAAUAUGCAAUUGGGAAAUCCAAUUUGAAGGCCAUAGUACUACUGACACUGGUUGUAACAACUUUGUGUAUUCUAAAGAGUUUUAGUGCUGCUGCUGCCCAAGUGAAUGAUGUUGUAUACUUUGAAUGUUUCAAAAAACAGUUAAAAUGAACGUUUUGGGUUUCUUCUUCUCCCUUAUAUUUUUCACAUAUUGGUUUGGUUAUUUAUUUACCUUCAAAAGAAAACAAAGUGGAGAAAAUUCAACCUGAGAACUCUUGAACUUCAGUAUGCGAGAUACUGAUGGAAAGAUGAAGUAUCAAAUUUCCCUUUAACCAUGAUUAUCGCUACCUUCCCACUUGAAUUAUAGUAAUUGGCUUUUUUGUCAAGUCUUACAGGAUAAAAACCACCAUUUUAAUCUAUGUGACUCUCUAAAUCUGAGCUGGAAAUGUUUGUCAAGUAACAUAGCUCUGUACCUGGGAAAAGCACUUCAAGUUUUACAUUAUUGUAACUGAACAGCUACAUCUAAUAGAAUCUUAACUUAUUUCAGUACUCAAACUGGAACAGAUUCCUCAAGAAGACCUGUGCAUUUCUACAUUUCAUGUAGGAAAGCUAUCAUUUUGUGAAGUAACUGUUCAAAAGACUUAUUUGGCUGAUCCUAUACAGAAUAAUCUUUGGGGGGAGUGUGAUGAAGAAUAAUCAACCCAACAGCAUUUGAUUGUCUUAAUCUCAUCACUUUAAAUAAAAUUGAUGGUACUUUUUGUUUUUAAGAACUACUCCAGCAGUGGUCUUCUGGCAGUGGAUUAACCAGUCGUUCAAUGCUAUCGUAAAUUACACCAACAGGAGUGGAGAUGCUCCAAUUACUGUCAGGUAAGGUAUUUAAGCCACACCAGGCAGAAAAUUCAAAAACCUUGAAUUACAAUAUCUGCUCUAGUUUAGACCUAAAUUCAAUGCUAUGAUGUGAACGGCCUGAGAAAAUGCUUUAAUAUUUUGCACAUGUAAUCUCUCUGAGUUAAAGUGAUGCUCUAAUUAGUGUAAUGUGAUAUGCAGGCAGUGUUAUCUUUGAUGAAAGCCAAAAUAGCUCACAAGACUGAUGACGUGACCAGUCACUAAAGCAGGGGUGGCUAACUUGUUUUGCCCCCUCCCCCGAAAAGAAGCCACAUUCACCCUUGACCACGUGCCAGCAGUGUGUGCACCAGUCCACAUUCUCACAUGCACACACACAGUCCAACACUCUCCCCUACUCGGCUUAUCUAGAGGGGGUGUGGUCAUCUCCCUUUCUGCACUCCUAAAACGAUCAGUCUGAUGACUGGGGAGGAGACUGCUUGCAUCUGCCUCACAGUGAUGGGCUCUGCCCUUCCCAGCACUGGGUCUAUGUUAGUGCUUUCCCCCACUUUUAAUACCAGCCAUCAAAUUGAUGGGGCCUUGCCCAACCAGGAAGAAAUGGUUAGCCCCCCCAAACCAUGGGGACUAGUCGUCCCUGCCCUAAAUCAUCUUCCCUAAAGCUUGGGGUGAGGGUGGUAAUUGGUUGUGGAGCCGGCAGUAAGGUUUAGUUUUUGAGCCGCAGCCAGGCCCCACAUAUUUGAAACAGCCCUGUAUUCUGCCCUGCUCUGAGGAAUUCAUGCCCAAGGCAAGAGAGGUCCCCUGCUUCUUCUGAAUGGCUUCCAGCAGCUGUAAUAAUAAUGGAUCCCAGAUUGCCUAGUUUGGAUUAUUAUUAAAUUUGCAAUGUGGUUUUUCAUAGACUGGCUUGACGUGACGACAUGUAAGCACAAGGUAAACUAUAAUGGGGAAAUUGAAGUGAUGCUAAUUUAAUAACAUUAAUAUGUAACAUGCAUAUAGCGAGCAUUCCAAGCACUUCACGUACACCGCCUCAGUAAUCUAUGUGAGAUAUUACUAGAUGCAUGACUGCCUAGUUACUUCUGUCUGGUACUAAAAACAAGUUAUUUGCAUGUAGAUAAUCACCCAAGGUCAUAUAUGCAUAAUUUGAAUGACUAAAUUAGGCUACUAAUGCAUUCUAGACAUCUACUGUGGAUUGCAGCUGGUAUGGGAUCAGAGCAUUUCAAACAGGCAUGUGUGCUUCACUUCUAUAGUCCAUGAAGUUUUCUGGUUCUGGUGGGCUCUUUUAAAUGUCUUGAGAAUUAUUCAUCUAGUCCAGCACAUCUGGGAAACUUUGAGGUAGAAGACCAAAAGAUGUUGCCCAAAUGUGACAAGAGCAGAAUGAAGAUGAUGUUCUUGAAUGUAGGAGCAGAACUGCCAGUAGGGUACAGGUGGUCUCAGUACAGCCACUCAGUUCGCUUGACAUCCUAAGCUUGCACACUCAGGGGUUAUGUGUGUGUGUGUGUGUGUGUGUGUGAGAGAGAGAGAGAGAGAGAGAGAGAGAGAGAGAGAGACCACAAUUACAUGCUCGGAAGUCUUUGCAUCAGAGUUGAGGAACCUGAAGCCCUCUACGUGUUGUUAGACUGUGGUUUCCUCUGAUCAUUGGCCAUGCUGACUGGAGCUGGUGGGAGUCCAAUGAUAUCCAGGGGCCCUGAGGUUCCCCACACCUGCUCUUCAUCCUUCCAGCUGCUUUUGGUAUAACCAGUUUCUGACUGGUAUCAAAGUGUAAAGGCACACAGCAAAGCAACUUUUUUGAAGCUAAGCACCUCUGGGUCUGGUCACUGCCUGGAUGGGAGAGCACAAGAGCCUUGUGUAUGUGGUGCUGAGCUGGAUAUAAAUGUAAGAAAUGAAGUGAAUUACUUCCCAAGAUAUUCUGAGGUGAUCUAUCUGCCUCUGGUGAAGAUGGCUCAAGGUUACUCAGUCUCCUUGGCAGCUUAUGAUGGCAUUAGACCCAAUUGGGGUGGGGGACUCUGUUUGGGGGCCGAGAUGAUGAACGUUGUUAGACUUUUGUUAAGGGUCCAGCCCCAAAAUUAGUACCUUGAGGACCCUUUGUGUCUUUUCUCCUUCAUGAAAAGGACAGUCUGUCCAUGCACCUAGAUCCUCCUGCUCUCUGAUAAAUGGACUGGCAUAGUUCACCAUAUAGUAGAGCUGGCAGAGGAAAUAGCUGCAAAAAGAAAUCCAUGGUUCUUUCUGCAUAGGAAGAGUAUAUCUGAAGCCCCAACCCACUAGAUAUUUUAUCAUGCUUCCAAACAUAGUGAACUGUCAAACGUAUGAGGCAGCUUUAUAUUCUUAGCCCAUUAGCCUGUCUAACCUACUAUCAUAUGGCAUGACUGACAGUGGGUCUCCGAGUGAGAUCUUUUAAACGGAAUGUACCAAGGACUGAGAUGAGGAUGUGUUGCAUACAAAAAUCACAUGCUCUACCACUCGGCUAGAAGAUCUCAGCCCUCUAUCUAAGCACGAUGCUUCCACUGAGUCCAUCAUCAGAGUACAGGUGCACAUCACCCAACUGUCAGUUUGGUACCCAAGAACAUAGAAGUCCUGCUGGAUGGGGUCAGAGGCCAGCAUCCUGCCCUCACAGUGGCUGACCAGAUGCCUAUGGGAAGCCAGAAGCUGGAACCUGAGGGCAAUAGCACUCCUCACAUGUGAUACCCAGUGACUGGCAUUCUGAGGCAUACCACCUCCCAACUGUGGAUAUAGAACAUAUAGAUCACUUAGGAGUCAGCUACUUAGCAUCGUAAGUGGGAAAGGGGAAAGUUUGUAACCCCACUAGAUGCCCUGACAUUAUAUUCCGGUGCAGUUUUGUAUUUCAUCCAGGAGAACAUGUUACAGUACCAUGCCAGUUGCGCUUACAUAAUUGGAACAUGUGCGAUGUAACAUAUACGGCUAUUGUGCACACACAAACGUUCUUAUUUUUGUUUUAGCCAGCUGGGAACAGCCUAUGUUUCUGCCACCACAGGUGCUGUUGCAACUGCUCUAGGACUUAAUGCACUAACAAAGGUAUUUAAUCAUUUCCUCCUUUUUGCUUUGAGAGUUUUGAUUGUUGUGGAAACUUUUAGUUAACGAUUUCCAUGUGCACAAGGAGUAACAAGGGUUUUUGUGGCACCUUAAAAGCAAAUGCAUUUAUUGUGACAUGACCUUGCAUAUUCAGGAGCCCACUUAAUCUUUUCAUCUGUGGGUUUAUCAGUCUCUUGUGAUUGAAUCCUGUUUACUUCAGUUCAGUUCAUUUUUAUAGCUUUGAAUAUGUCAGCACACAGAAAUUAGAUGUCAGGGAGAAGUGUUCUAGUCUAGCAUUUUCCCUAGCAUUUUCUGGAACUUCCAGCUUUCUUUGUACAACAAUAUUUUUAUAUGGAAGAGUAUUCAGUUAUGUGAGCUCAGGCUUGGAUUUACCACCUCACCGAAAAUAUAGUCUCAGUUUCUAGGGCGAGGUCUCUUGCAACUGAUAUUCAGAUAAUGUGCUGUUUCUGAUUCUUGCAUAAAAUCCACUUUAGAUUUCUUUAUAAAUAGUUUAUACUGCUUGUAUAAUAAAAAUCUAAGCAGUUUACAUAGAAACAAUGAAACAACAUUAACUAAUACAAAUAUAAUAAUACAUUUUCCUAAAAGCUAGAUAAAAGCAAAAUGUGAUUGUAUAUCACAAAUAAAAACUGUGCAAUGUGCAGAACAAAAAUAAAACUUUGGUAUACAUUUUAAAGAGGUGUUUAAAGGUCAUUUUUAUCUCCAACCCCAAAUCAUUUAACAUGUGCAUAUCUUCACUGUCCAUGUCAUGCAUCUGAUGAAGUAGACUCUUCCCUGGGAAAACUUCUGCUGCAAUAAAUCUUCAAGAAACUAUGAGACACCCUGCUGUGUUUGCUGACAUACUCUAAGAUGGCUACACUUCAAAAAGCGUUCACAGAAUGACUACAACUAUUUUUCAAAGAGAAAGAUAGAUUUAAAAAAAAAAAAAAUUGAUCAUAUAGCUUCCCUGAAUGGUAUUUCAUCAAAAAUUUAACCUGAUUUCUGGGAGUGAUUAUAACUCAAUAUUUCUGUUCUAAAAUAUUUUUAUGUCACUGUAAUACAGUUGAGAAACCACUCUCAUUUUUUAAAAGGUACAAUCUAUACCAGUGUUCUCAAAAGAUUCUAGCUUCAGGCACAUAUAUUCUCUGAUGUGUUGGCAUAGAUUCUUAAGAUCAGCUUUUCACAAAACAAUACUUAAGAUGAUAUUUUAGAGUGGCUGAGGAUUGGUGGGGUUUGUCCAUCUUCAGGUAACUCUUACUUCUUUUUUCACAGCAUGUCUCACCUCUUAUAGGACGUUUUGUUCCUUUUGCUGCUGUAGCUGCUGCUAACUGCAUUAAUAUCCCAUUAAUGAGGCAAAGGUAAGAUAAAAAUCUAGCAUGUGCCACAGACCACCUCUUGGCUUAGUAGGGAUGCUGCAAAAUUUGUUCCAAGCCAGACUUUGAACAGAAAUUCAGAGGCUCAUUAAAGCCCAUUUCAACGCUGGCACAAGCUUUAAAUGGUCCUGAAUUCUUCUCCAGUUUUGACUUGAAAUUGGAUGUGACUCCUGCAGAGUAAGCCACUUUCAGGAAGCCACACCCACCCACCCACCCACCCCACACCUGAUGUCAUGACAGCAGGUGUGGAGCAGGUAAGGGCAAGACUUCAAAGGAGCAAUCGAGAGCUUAAAACUCCCAAGUUGUUCCAGGAAGGUAAGUUCCUACCCACACAACAGCUGAUGGGUGGAUCAGAGUGUGCCUUCAACACUCACACUUUGGCAGGCAGGGGUGGGGGAGAUAGAGAUCUGGCCCACCAGCCAGCAAAGAUUCCCCACCUUGUGCUAAACCAACCCAUGGCUUAGCUUUCGGUGGUGCAGCAGGAGGAGGACUGGGAGAGGAGCACAGUGGCCACAAUCCAACCUCUAGCAUUUGCACAAAGCCAUAGCAUUGCUUGAGCAUCAUGUGCAAACCAACUCUUAUGCAUGUAAUGAAAAACAAAGCAGGGCUGCUGUUGAAGUUUACAAAUGAUUAACAAAUGUUCUGGAACGCAACUUUAGGAACAUAAACAAUUUGAGCAUAUAGUGCCCUUAAGGAGUAACCUUUCACAAUUGUUCAGCUUUUUUCUUUUCUUUUUUUAAAACCCAACAGGGAACUAAAGUAUGGGAUUCCCAUUACAGACGAAAAUGGAAACCGAUUGGGUGAAUCAUCCAAAGCUGCCCAACAGGCCAUUGUGCAGGUGGUUAUCUCACGGAUCCUUAUGGCUGCUCCUGGCAUGGGUUAGUUCACCUUCAGCUAAGCAUAAGUAGUGAUUGAAAUCAUGCUCUUCUAAGAACUUUGGCUUCAGUACAUUAGAUUUGAACAGCUAAUGGCUCACACAUAAAAGAUACUGUAGAGAAACAUGGCGGAAUUUUAUUUAUUUUUACAAUGUAUCUGCAAUGCAUUGUUGAUAUUAUAGCAAUUGCUCUAGCUGACCAUCAAAUAUUCUUUAAAAUCUUUUUUUUUAUUAAUUGUAUAAGAAUCUCUUGUGAAAUUUCAUGUGCACAUUCUCCAUCAUCUCUUUAUAAUCCCUUUUCAUCUCCAUACAUUGCUAAUUUAUUUAUGCAUAUUAAUAGAGUGCCCCAGGAAAGCUAUACACUACCAGUAAACUCAGUGAAGCAUACCUGUUAUUAGAAACUGCUCUGUAUACAUAGUUUGCUAAGGUUUAAGCAUUUCAUUCUUUGUUUUUGUAGCCAUUCCCCCGUUCAUAAUGAAUUCUUUGGAAAAGAAGGCAUUUUUAAAGGUAAGCCUAAGCUCCUGAAGGUAUAUUAAUUUCCUUCUUACAGCCAGUACAAUUAAGAGAUCAGUUUUAAUUAAAUAGCCAUUCACAGAGCAAUGAAAAGAAAAAGAGAAAAUCAGCUGUUAUUCUCUGUCCUGCUCUAGGGAACAUUUCUGUUUGUGAAUAAAACAAGGGGUUGCGGGGGGGAUGUGAAAGCUCUUCAUUCCAUUGUGCAAAUUAGAUCCACACCGUUGCUUUCAUGAAUUGUAACAAGGAGAUAUAUGUUGAUUAAAGCGUUUAUGCUAAGAGUCAGGGUUAUUUUCAGAUGCAUGACAUCUCCUGCAAGGACCUAAUUCGAAGCUGAUGUACAUGAAGUAUGCUGUCACAUGGAAGCUGCUUUAAGUUAAAAUUGAUCCGUAUGGCAACGGCUGUCAUGCAUAAAUCGAGUACUGCAUGGCAGCUCCCUACAUAGUCAGAUGACUUUUUCCAUCCUGCUGCAAAUUUGCUUAUUUGAGAGGUUUGUGGUGGCCUGGAGUCACCUGCCUGAAAUACAGUAUGCCUCUGGAUACCACUUGCUGAGAAUCGAAGGCGGGCAGAUGCUCCUGCACUCAUGUCCUGCUUGCAGGCUUUCCACAGGCAUCUGGUUGGCCACGGUGAGAACAGGAUGCUGGACUAGAUGGGCCACUGGCCUGAUUCAGCAGGGCUCUUCUUGGAUUUUUGUGCAUAUAAGUGGCUUGUGCAUAUAAGGGAGUAAUCAUUAAAGUGGCCUCCAUGCUUCUUAUGCUCUUGCUGAUGGACUAAACAUCAAGAAUAUUACCAGCACCACACAUUGUUGCCAACCUAUGCAAUUCCACGAGAAGCAGCUCUUUUCAUGUAACAUUCUGUAUGUCGGGGAAUUCAGUGUCAUUGUAAGAUAUUAAUCUCACCUAGGGCAAGCACAGGGCUUCUGCUGACAGGGUUCAAGAGUGAAUCCCUCCCAUAAUUUUUUUCUUGCAACAUUGAAGUGAGAAUAAUUUUCUAGGGACAUAGUUCAUUAAAUAUCAGUUAUGCUAUAUAGGCCAUCUUUAUCCCCACUGACAGAUAGCUACUUGCCUGAGGUUACCUAGUGACUUAGAAAGAGUUUGAUCCAAGUCUCCUAGAUUGAUAUGAAGUGUUAGCUGAAAUAGGUUAUGUGGAAUUCAAUGCUUCAUGUUCAAAGAGUCAGUCAGUCAGUCAAAUUUAUUUGCUAAAAUCCACUGGACUUCACAAAUGUAUUGAGGUACAUUCUAGCACACGUAGUCCCCAGCACACUGGGCGCUGUGUUGCACAAUGAAAUGUUGUCUAAUCCUCUGGGCUGCUAAAGCAAACAUGGAAACAUAAUUCUAGUUACAGGUAGGUAGCCGUGUUGUUCUGCCGUAGUCGAAACAAAUUUUAAAAAUCUGAAGAAGUGUGCAUGCACAUGAAAGCUCAUACCAAUAACAAACUUAGUUGGUCUCUAAGGUGCUACUGGAAGGAUUUUUUUUUAUUUUUUUUUUUGAUGGAAACAUAAUGUGUAAGUGUAUUUAUCUCCAUCCAUCAGCAAAUAAGAAAUAUUCUCUGUAGAAUUCCAGUGGGGGACUUGAAUAUGUUGGAAGGAGCAAGGAUGUUUGCUUAAGCAUAUUACACAUUUUGGAGUUAACACUGUUUGCAUUUGACUGUGACAAAGCAUUUCUGUUGGUUCAGUGAUAUUUCUUGCAAUGGCUAAUGAAAAGAGAAUGCCAUAUGUCAAGCAAAGUCUCCAUUGGCGUGUAUGUAGUUUAAUCAACAUGAAGAUGUUGUAAUUUUUUCAGAUCAGCACAUCUGAAAGAGCCCUUCAGUGACUGUUCAGUGUUCUUUGACACCAUCAUGACUCCCUUUAUGUUUUCCUGCUCCUCCCCGCCCCCUCUCUGCCUCCUGGACUGUGAGCUCAGGUGAAUCAUUGCUCUACAGCUAGUUAAUUAUAAGACUUGCUAUUGAUCAGCCCUGGAUCCAUUGAGCAAUGAACUGCACUUCUUUUUUAAAUAAAACAAGCAGCUUCGGCAUGUCAGCUUAAAGUUCAUUACUUGCACUACUCUGACACCAUCUACAACCUGCUUUAUUAAUGCAUACAGGCUAUAGCAUUUUCCCACCAUUCCAGAUAAUAGCUCUUGUUCACUCAGCCUAAGAAAAAAAAUCUUUAAAGGUUCAGACAAAGAGAAGAAAAAGAGGGAUUGUGUGAAGGUCUUCAUUUCUUUGAAUCCUGCCACAGAAACAUUGCCUUUAAUAAUAAUAAUAAUAAUAAUAAUAAUAAUAAUAAUAAUAAUUUAUUUAUACCCUGCCCAUCUGGCUGGGUUUCCCCAGCCACUCUGGUCGGCUCCCAACAGAAUAUUAAAAACGCUAUAAAACUUCAAACAUGAAAAGCUUCUCUAAACAGGGCUGCCUUCAGAUGUCUUCUAAAAGUCAGAUAGUUGUUUAUCUGGGAGGGUGUUCCACAGGGUGGGUGCCACUACCUAAAAGGCCCUCUGCCUGGUUCCCUGCAACCUCGCUUCUCGCAGUGAGGGAACCGGCAGAAGGCCCUUGGAGCUGAAUCUCAGUGUCUGGGCUGAACAAUGGGGGUGGAGAUGCUCCUUCAGGUAUACUGGGCCAAGGCCGUUUAGGGCUUUAAAGGUCAGCACCAACCCUUUGUAUUGUGCUUGGAAACCUACUGGGAGCCAGUGUAGGUCUUUCAAGACCAGUGUUAUAUGUUUCUAGCUCCAGGUGGCUGUCCUUCUAGCUGUUCUUCACUACAUAAUGCCUUCAAUAUACCUGUAGUGAAUCUUGCUGAGUCAUGGAAAUAGCUGAAGCUUUCCAAAUGUGACUCCCCAAAUAAAAGCAGACAGUUCACCUGAGAGCAGUGGUGAAUUUGGAGCACGAGGAGUUGGCUGCAGCAUAGUAGAAAGAAAUGGCAGCAGCCCCAAACAUGCCAGGCAUUUUAAUCACUGGAGUUUGAGAAAAAUACGUGAUUUUAAUUUGAGCAGCAGCCUGGCAGCACUUGCUUUUGUCCUCAGCUGGGGAACAGAGGAAGGAACAAACAGAAAAGCCAUUUCAUGCUGACUUUAUCUCAUUAAAGGUAGUAAUAGGAGGUGGGGCCAUAGUUCAGCGACAGAGUGUCUGUUUUCAUGAAGAAUGUCCCAGAGUCAAUCUCCAGCAAACUGGCCCUGAAAGAGACUACUGUCUGGAGUCCAUGAAAGUCACUACCAAUCAGCAUAGGCAAUAUGAUCCAACUUGCUAAAAGGCAGGUGCCAAUGUUCCUGGUUAGACCUGAGUCUUAAGACAGAGUAAUUUUGGCCCCAUUUACAGCACCCACGCAGAUGCUCCAGUUCUCACAGUUGUGGGAAGCUAAGUGCUACAAGCUCACCAAACUUGAGUAAAGGUUUCCGGCUAGUAUAAGCCAGCCCCAUGCAUCUGAGAAAUACAUUUAAACAUCCAUGUGUCUGUUGAGCAUCAGUGGCUCCUCUUGUUCCCACAUAUAGGAAUGUUUUUGUGUGCCUGCUCUAUCUGAAAAUGGUAGUUGACUUGAAUGGUGCUAUGAACCCCAGUUCAAAUGCUUAGAAAAGGAGACUGCCUGCUGAUUCUGUGUAACAACAAACUUAAAACAAACUUUAGAUUGCCCUUGUGUCCAAGAGGCUCCCCUACACAAAACUGUUCAUCGUACAAAAAAUGAAAUAUUUCCGAACAACAGCUUUGAGAAAUACAGUGUCAUCUUGCAUUCGGUGUUAGAACAUCUCCAGUGCAGAGUUCUAUCCUCUGCCCUUUUGUUAUGAUUCCAUUGGGUGGCAUCUGCUGGUGUCUGCUUGAUCAUAAACUGUGGUGCAAUAAGAAGUAAAUAGGAGUCCUUUGGCUGGCUGGAGUUCUGCCAUCUGCUCAGUUUCCAGAGAGAUGUAAGUGCUGCAUCGUUACAUGUCGCACCAUCCUUGAAGUUUAAAGCUGCCAUUUGUUCCUUAACUACCUGAUUCACAGGCAGCUACUUUGUGGCUUUGGAUUCCUGCAGCGCAGGGAAAGCCCCAGUAACCUUAGUUGUCUACAUCUGUGGGUGUGAUACAUUUAGGCAUUGUUAAAGAUCCUUGUAUAUGUCUAAUCUGGGAACUGAUGAGCAGUUCAAUAUAGUCACUCCGAUCCUAAAGACUUGUUCAUCUACAUUAGUUCCCUAGGAGUAAGCCCCAGUGAACAUAGGGGGUCUUACUUCUGAGUAAAUAUGCACAGAAUAUUUUCCCUGCCUCUUUACCUCAUAUCUAAAGCACAAAAUCUAUAGUUCCACAUUUGCUGCUUAUUUCCAACUAUUUAACACUUCAUUCUGAUCCUUAAUACAAUAGCAGUUUAUGAAAUGCUUUUUACUUGAAAAUCAUAAUUGCACACAUCCAUUGUAAUUCUAACCAAUUAACUAUUUUACUUUUAAUCUUCAUCCUGUUUAUGAUACCAUAUAUGAAAGGGAAUGAUUGUUUUUAGUAACAGAAGCAAAUUCAAUAUAGAAGAGGCUUGCUGUGGUUUGGUUUCAUUAGCAUUUACUUUCUGGUAGAAGUCUUAACACAGCAUCUUUAUAAUAUCCCUUAAAUGAUUAAUUGUUGCAAGAUUAGUUUUGCUUGAUGUGACAAUAAGCUGUGCAUAGGAUUUGUAUGCUGUGAAACAAUGCAUUGGGGUUUUUUUAGAUGUUACAAUAAUUCCCAAAGAAUAGCUGUUCCUUACUGACACAGGAACAACAGUUGAUAAUGGGAAAAGGGGAGGCUUGUCUAUCAGUUUUUAUGAAGUUUUUAAAAGUUUUUUUUUCCAAAGUGAGGGUAGGGGUAGGAUUGUAUUACUCUUGCUUAUAGAGAAAUACCGCAGAAUGCAACCCCUGCCCCAAUUUCUCUUUAAGCGGCACUUGUAAUUCUUUAAAAAAGAAAUUCAGUGCAACUUUAACAUUGGAAUUAAUCCUUUUGCAUUAUUUAACAAAUGUAAUAUGGGAUCACAUGUUGUAGAAAGUCCUAACAUUGCUCACAUUGUCUGAGAGAUUCCUCAGUACUUCCUGGUGUGUGUAUUUUUACUACAACUAUAUAUAUACCUCUAAAGCACCCAUCCCAGGGUUUUAAUGGCUAACAGCAAUGAACAUUUUCAAAACCUGAAGGCCCAAGCCUUUUUCUCUAUAGCAAUGGCAGUGCUUUCAGUGGAAUUUUACAAAAGUAAUUCAUCUAAUUGCAGGAAAGGACUGUUUUCAUCCCUUAAACACUCUGUGUGUCUGAUAUUAUAAUACUGCCCUACUUUUAGAAUUCUGUCCUGCUGCUAAGAACACAUGGACAAAUCAGCAGAGUCGGGGUGUGCGGGUGGCUAUUGACCUUGGAGGCUAUAACACCUCACUCUAAAGCUGGGAAUAUUUCCAGAACCCAUAGUAGUUAGGUGUGUGUUCAAGCAUGCCUUCUCCAUUUUGCAUAAAUUUUCAGAGACCAUGUGCUUUGAAAAGGUUUGGACCCAAGAAUGUGAAUAGUACACAUGUGGUGAGAGGAAAUAUCUCAUUUCAUCAUGUAACAUUUCUUUUAAAACGCAGAGGUUUCCAUGGAUGAGUGCCCCCAUUCAAGUGGGUUUAGUUGGCUUCUGGUGAGUAAAAAAAUAAAUAAAAAUGAAUUAAUGGUGAUAUGGUUGUGGUUAUCAUAACAGUGUUUCCUUCUGUGAAAGAUGCUGAUUUUGAACCCUAAGUGGGGAAUUGCACAUUGCGCUUCAUGUGUGCAGUGUGGCUGUGUAUCUUGUGUUUUCUUUAAUUUCAGCAAUGGUGGGAGGGGCAAUUGCUAUUGAGAUCACAACAUGUGGAAAGAAUAGGAUUGUCCUUUCCCUCUCCACCUAUGACCCCAUCCAAAAACAACCCACCAAAUUCAGCUGUAAUCAAUUAAAGAAAAGCUAGUGGCUUCACAGAGGCAUAUGAUUGGUGUCUUUGAGGACCAAAUGCUGGACUAGAUGGGCCUUUGAUCUGGUUCAGCAGAGACAAUACCUGCAUGCUACACAAUAAGCAUAAUGUGUAGUUUUGACUUUGGCACAAUGAGGCCAUCAAAGCCUCUCUUUAAGACUAAGGCAAAUAACUUGGAGAAAGUGCUAUGAUAACCUUUUCCCAAAGCAGCUACUGGAAGAGCAAUGCAAACAAAAGCAGACCUUGAGCCUCUGAAAUUCGUCUUGGUUGGGGAAGAUACAGAGCAAACCAAAGGGGUGGAACAGGGGGGCCAUAUAAGCCCAGAGGGGGAACAGCAUGUUGUAGUAUGGAGUCGGGGAAUUUCUAGUCCACAGGCCAAUCCUGGCCCACCAAGGGGUCAUCAACUGAUAGGCGGGAGGACUGGGUUUCAUCAGCUGUGUGGGGAUUACUGCCCUGUGCAAAAGCACCCAUGGAAACAGCUUGCACACAUAAGCUACUUCAACGAGGUUUAAGACAUCGUCUUCUCCUGAGGUUCACAUGAGAGCAUAGGGCUGCCUCCUGCCUUUCCUUUAAAGUCCCCAAUAUGGUGAGACUUGGAAAAGGCUUUGUGAGCCUUAUCCUGCUCCCCAUUUAAACCUCCAAGUUUUGGAACUCAAACUGGGUAGGGAGGAGACUCACAGAACCCUUUACAAGUCUCCCAGUGGUUUUCUUUUCAAGCCUCCCAUAUCAGAACCGUGUUCAUUACUAUCAGCUCUGUUGAAUAGUAAAAAAAUUGAAUGUAGUACAUAAAUAAAGUGAUGCAAGAGCAAAGGAAAGAAACAAUGGGGAGUUCCAUUCAUCUGAUGAAGUGGGCUUUAGCCCAUGAAAUCUUUUGCUGCAAUAUCUUAAUGUUUUGCUGCAAUAUUUUAAUGUUGAUGUCCAGAGUUAGGAUUUUUAGGUGCUUUGAAACUAUCUGCACUUUUUAACGAGGCCAGUUCGUACUUUGAGGACAGUUACCCCAAAUAACCUAACUUAAUGUUUGUCUUUUCCAGUUUGGUGUUCGCAACACCUCUGUGCUGUGCAUUAUUUCCACAAAAAAGGUAAUGUGUGUGUUUUUUAUUUUUAAAAAUUACUGAUACUUUGGGCUAUGGUGAGAGGUAAGAUUAUGCUGAGCACAUUGCAAAAAAUUUAGAAAACAAAGAGUCAUCAUCAUUUCGAGAGAGACAUUCCAGAAGUCAGAACAUAACCCCCCCCUCUUUUUUUUAAGUAAGUAAGAAAUUUUCAAAAUGACCUUAUUCUUAGGAUAGGUUCCCAGCCCAAAGUCUGCUCUUGCCUAGCUCUGAGGAAGCAGGUUAGGUAGCAUUUCUGUUCUAAUCCUGCCUGGCAUAAUAAGAUUAGAUUUUUCUCACGUUCAUUUUCCUCUCCUUCACCCCAUUCACUUGUAGUUACUAACAGUGCUAUUUUUCUAGAAAAAGCGGUGCCAGAACUCACCAUGAACACCCGCCUUGUUCUCUUAUAAUGACAAUGGCGCCCACCUGGAACUGAGUUCCAGCUGGGGGGGAAAAGCCCCAAUUCUGUCUUGAAACACUUUCUCAUUCAUGACUAUGUGAGGAAGGUGAUGCUGCUGUUUCCCAGCCAAUGAGAAACCACUCUGAUGCCUCUUCAACUCCUUUUACAAAGGAGUGGGACUUUCAGCAGAGAGUUACCUUGUUCCUAUGUAGAUUGGUGGUCUCAAACGCACCCCUGGUUAUUGCCGUACCAGCUUAGAAUAAAAUACUGCCAGUUAAAUCAACAGCACAGACCUCCAACACAGGUCUGUUCUUUAGAGAAACAGAUCCAAGACAAUGCAACAACAGACAAUACAUAAAACCUUAACCAAGGGAUGUGGGUGGCGCUGUGGGUUAAACCACAGAGCCUAGGACUUGCUGAUCAGAAGGUCGGCGGUUCGAAUCCACACCACGGGGUGAGGUCCCGUUGUUUGGUCCCUGCUCCUGAAAGCACCUCAAAGUGCAAGUAGAUAAAUAGGUACCCCUCUGGCGGGAAGGUAAACAGCGUUUCCGUGCGCUGCUCUGGUUCGCCAGUAACGGCUUAGUCAUGCUGGCCACAUGACCCGGAAGCUGUACGCCAGCUCCCUCGGCCAGUAAAGCAAGAUGAGCACCGCAACCUCAGAGUUGGUCACGACUGGACCUAAUGGUCAGGGGUCCCUUUACCUUUACCUAAGGACUACGUGCAUGGAACACCACCACCUAGUGGUUGGUGGUGUUGCUUAUAUAAUCAUCACUCCCUCUUCACCACCCAGAGGAAGCCCAGGAGAGGAAGCACAGCAGUCUUUCUUUCUCAUCACCACAGGCAUUUUCUUGGUUGUUUUCUAUAGCUACCCACUGGGGUUAUGCUCUACAGUCAUUCAGCCAGAUUACUAAUGGGCUGCUGUGGGGAAGGAUGCCAUAGAUUCCCUAAGAGCUUCUUCACACUGAAGUGCUUUAUCCUGCAAGCCAGUAUAGGAUCAUGGGGGAAAACCUUACAGAGGCACCUGGAACGUCUUUCUGUUGAAGAUGAACAGCUUUGGUGUUCCCUGUUGCAACACUGUGGUCCUUUGUGCCACCUUGUAUAAGGGAUAUGUUUGCUUCUGCAUUGAGCUCUAAAGGAAGCUACAUAAACAAAGUCUGACUCCCAUUUGCUGGGAUCAAUAAAUAUAAACUUCAUUUCAUGGGUUGAUCAAGGUUCUUUCAUGGAACCAGAAAUCCCCCUGCUGCUUCUGUUCUCUGGCACAUGAAUGCUGAUUUAACUCAAAGCAUUGUGAUUGUUAACAUUAUUUCCCCUCUUGGCUUCGAAAAGGCCUAUGAGUUGCAUAUGGCCAAAGCAGUUCCAGGCUUAGUUUGAGAGGGAUCAGAAUUUAUCACGCUUAGGUGGGUAUUCUCUGGUGUUGACAUGUUAAAGAGUUCCGUGACACAGUUUUUGAUUUUAACUGCAUGCCUUUGUUUUCACACAUGCUAAACUGUUUUUUAUUAUUAAGAGUGAAUGCAAUUAAAAUGUUAGCAAUCAGUUUUAAAGACCUGUUGGUGAUACACGAACUGUUAGGCCAAGUUUAAUUUAUAAGUGAAAGCUUAAUGGUUCAUGUAAAGUGCAUUUUCCUGGCUGACACAUUAACAUAGCUCACCAGUUAACUUUAGCCAAGCAAAGCAGCCAAGCAAAAACUUGAAAAUCUUCUUCUGUGGCUCAUAACAGGGACUAUUUGAAGUGCAAGAAAAUACUUUUAGAAUUGAUAAUGAAGUACCCUUAGUACAAAAUCACAUUUGAUAUAAAUUCCAACUUUUUAAAAAAAAAUCAUCAUCAUAAAGCUUCACCACUUACAUGUAUGAAAUUUGAUCAUGGGUUGUAUGUGACGUCUCUUCUAUUUUUCUUUUGCUCAGUUCCAUGUCUGUAACUCGUCUGGAGCCAGAAUUACAAGCCAAGAUCCAAAAGAGCAACCCUGAAUUGGAGCGUGUGUAUUUUAACAAAGGGUUAUAA